CCCCACAAAUAAGUGUAGAGAAAAUCAGUUGGGUCCGUUCAUUCUGCUUCAUUCAAAUUGAAUCCCCAAAUUAAAUUUAAAAAAAAAAUAUCUGAUCAGAUAAGAUUCAUCAUCUCAGCUUCAGAUAUGGCGUCUUUGCAAACUAGUUUGGCAUCAGCUGUGUGCAACAACAACAGAAACUCGACCACUUCACUGAAAUCUCUGAGCAGCUCCUUCAUCAACGCUAUCGAUGUUGGACAGGUUUCUAGCAUAAGGAGAAGGGACAUUUCCGUCUUUUCGAGCCCAAAAGCUACACUAACCUUCGAUCCCCCAACAACCAAUCAAGACAAGGUUGUUAAGCCGAGGAAGCACACAGCAGAUCCGAACGCCCCCGAUUUUCUCCCCCUUCCUUCCUUCGAGGAAUGCUUCCCCAAAAGCUCCAAAGAAUGCACGGAAGUUGUUCAUGAAGAAUCUGGACAUUUGCUACGAGUUCCAUUUAGGCGCAUCCACUUGGCGGGUGACGAACCACAUUUCGACGCCUACGACACCAGUGGCCCGCAAAACAUCAGCCCUACAAUUGGACUUCCCAAGUUGAGAAAAGAAUGGAUCGACAGGAGAGAGAAACUAGGCGCGCCAAGAUGCACUCAAAUGUAUUACGCUAAACAAGGCAUCAUAACCGAGGAGAUGACAUACUGCGCGGCCCGCGAAAAACUGGACCCAGAAUUUGUCCGAUCCGAAGUCGCACGCGGCCGAGCGAUCAUCCCCUCAAACAAGAAACAUCUAGAAUUAGAGCCAAUGAUAGUCGGACGCAAAUUCUUGGUCAAAGUCAACGCCAACAUCGGAAACUCCGCAGUUGUAAGCUCAAUUGAAGAAGAAGUCCACAAGCUCCAAUGGGCCACCAUGUGGGGUGCAGACACUAUCAUGGACCUCUCCACGGGCCGGCACAUCCACGAGACCCGAGAAUGGAUCCUCCGCAACUCGCCCGUGCCAGUUGGCACUGUCCCCAUCUACCAAGCGUUGGAAAAAGUCAACGGGAUUGCGGAGAAUCUCAACUGGGAGGUUUUUAGGGAGACUUUGAUCGAGCAAGCGGAGCAAGGGGUUGACUAUUUCACUAUUCAUGCAGGUGUUCUUCUGAGGUAUAUUCCGUUGACAGCUAAGCGGAUGACGGGGAUUGUUUCUCGUGGUGGGUCCAUACAUGCAAAGUGGUGCUUGGCUUAUCAUAAGGAGAAUUUUGCUUACGAGCAUUGGGAUGAUAUUUUGGAUAUUUGUAACCAGUACGAUAUUUCGUUGUCGAUCGGUGAUGGAUUGAGGCCUGGAUCGAUUUACGAUGCGAAUGAUACUGCUCAGUUUGCGGAGCUGUUGACUCAGGGGGAGUUGACUCGCCGAGCUUGGGAAAAAGAUGUGCAGGUCAUGAACGAAGGUCCUGGACAUGUUCCACUCCACAAAAUCCCGGAGAACAUGCAAAAGCAGCUCGAAUGGUGCAACGAGGCACCAUUCUACACUCUCGGACCACUAACUACCGAUAUUGCCCCUGGCUACGACCACAUCACCUCAGCAAUCGGAGCAGCCAACAUAGGUGCUCUAGGCACCGCCCUCCUCUGCUACGUCACCCCCAAGGAGCACCUCGGCCUGCCCAAUAGGGACGAUGUAAAAGCCGGAGUCAUCGCUUACAAGAUAGCCGCACACGCCGCUGACCUGGCAAAGUGUCACCCUCACGCUCAGGCGUGGGACGAUGCUUUGAGCAAGGCUAGAUUUGAGUUCAGAUGGAUGGACCAGUUUGCGCUGUCACUUGAUCCUGUCACAGCCAUGUCGUUCCAUGACGAGACGCUGCCCUCGGAUGGAGCUAAGGUGGCCCACUUCUGCUCGAUGUGUGGACCCAAGUUCUGCUCGAUGAAGAUAACGGAGGAUGUGAGGAAGUACGCGGAGGAGCAUGGGUAUGGGGAUGAUGCUGAGGUGGCGGUAAAGAAGGGGAUGGAUGCCAUGAGUGCUGCUUUUUUGGCUGCCAGGAAAACGGUUAGUGGGGAGCAGUUUGGUGAGGUGGGUGGUGAGAUUUACUUGCCGGAGGAGUAUGUCAAAUCGAGGAGUGGUUAAAAGGCAUUUUCGUCCAGGCGAAACAUAAUAAACGCACCGGUGGAAUCUCGGAGCUGAUGCAUGGCUGGCCAAGUCGAGAGAAGUGCGAGGUUUUAGAAAACCUUAUCUUCUUCUUCAAGAACUAGGUAAGUAAAUAAAAAUAGCUUCAAAUUCGUGAACAGCUUAUUAAGAGGAACAUCUUCAUUUGAAUCAUUAUUAUGUUUAAAUGUCCUCAUCGGUAGAAAUUAAGCAAUAAAAAUGCUUUCUAAUUUAAUUUUUUUCUCUCGUU